CAUGCUGAAGACCUUCCCUGACAUCAACACCACCGUCAAUGGCAUGGCAGUGGUGUACCUUCUGAGCACGCAGUCCACUGACUAUGUCGCUCUUGGAAAUGGCUAUCAGGAUCACUUCAGCGAAAAGACUCCUCUGGAACUGAUUCAUGAAACUCAAGAUAUGCUGAAGAGAUACAACUUUGAAAUCCAAGGCAGGAAUGUCUCUUUGCCCCUGUCAUACACCUACCUGAAUCCCAACAAUGUGGAGAACAGUGUGGCCCUGUAAAUUGAGUCAGGGGUUCGUAUUUAUUAGGCACCAAAUGGAAGAAAACACACAGAUACAGGGAGAGACUACCUGGACUUGUCCAAUAAGAACCACUUGUUUUC